CGUUCGUGUCGUUAUCUUGAAAUCUGACAAUAUCAUUAUAUAAGGCUUUCGUUAGUUUUGAGUGUAACAGUUGGAAAAGUGAACAUCAGAACAGCUCCUUUCACGAGAGUUGAACCAGAGUAUUAAAAACAGGAGCGCACUGAUUUCUUGUGAUCCUCCAUGUGAUUUCCGCUUCCUGUGGAUAAAACGAUAAUGCGGAAACUUAUCUGCCCCGUGCUUUCCAUGUUGUUUAUUGCAACGGUUGUUCAAGGUUAUUGGAUAAACGAUCUGGACCAUCCAUGUUUAAGAGAAUGUACUGGAGGUGAACCUAUGACGUGCGAGUACGACUGGACUAUUGAAUCAUAUUACUCCAUGUCACGUGCUUGCUACCAAUGUCCAUUCAAUGAGUUCGAUUGCCACCGGCCUCACUGUAUACCCAUGGCCGGUUAUGCCAGACCCGUCUACUCGGUUAACCGUCGGCAACCCGGACCGAGUAUCCAGGUUUGUGAAAAUGAUAUCAUCAGGGUUCGUGUGCACAACCGAUUGCAGAACGAAGAAGCUGAAAGUAUUCACUGGCAUGGGUUCCAUAUGCGAGGCACUCAGCACAUGGACGGGGUAUCAAGAGUUACCCAAUGCCCUAUCAAUGCAGGUCAUGAUUUCACUUAUGAGUUCAAAGCAGAACAGCCAGGUACCCACUGGUGGCAUUCUCAUGCUGGUGUUCAUCGUGCAGACGGUAUAUAUGGUUCGUUAAUAGUUCGGCAAUCAUCGGAAUCCGAUCCUCAUCGAGCGCUGUAUGAUAAAGACGACCCAUACCACGUGAUCACUAUCAAGGAAUGGUCGAAGUCCAUGGCGAUAACCAUUUCUACUGCCGGGCAGAGUGGUGUUGCGAUAAAUGCAAAUGAUGGAAUAUUGAUCAACGGAAGAGGAACAAACCAAGUACUCAGUAACUCUGGCAACACCACUGCGACAGUCGAUCAUCAUGUCGUUUAUGUCACCUCAGGUCAAAGGUAUCGCUUCCGGGUUAUAAGUGCCGCCAACGAUGUCUGCCCGUUGUCCAUCUCGGUUGAUAAUCAUAAGCUGAAAGUGAUAGCAAUGGAUGGUGCCCCAGUGAAUCCAAUCGAUGUGGAUAGGAUCACCCUCUUCUCCGCAGAGAGAUAUGACUUCAUCUUAAACGCUGACCAGAGACCUACUAACUACUGGAUUCGGGUUGCUGGGCUAAUUACUUGCGCCCAACACCAGGAACUGGGUAUUUUACGGUAUGCAGGCACACCUCCCGGUUCCAAACCAAUGAGUGACAAGAACCUAAGAGCAGGAGGCAAGGUUCUUAAUCCAGAGACAGCACUUCGUGAUCCUGAGACGGUACUAGUGUCAGAUCUCACCGAUGCCGAUGAAAAAGAAGAUGACCUAAGCCAUGCUAAUGUCACUCACUAUCUCGAGCUGAAUGCUGUUUCCCGCAACAAGGCAAAGUCGGUUCAUCAUCCUGUCUUCUACCCAUACGAGCUAGCUGGAACAGAUACUUACAGUCUCACAAAUCUUCCCAUCAUCAACAAUAUUACCAUGAAUUUCCCAGGAAUACCAUUGCUGUCCCAUUGGCGUGAUGUAGACGAGGCAUCGUGGUGCAACAAAGACUCGCUGCGGACAUCGCGCAAAGACUGCUCACGAGAGGCAUGCGAGUGCACACAUCGGAUUGACAUCAAAUACAAUCAGGUGGUGGAGCUGGUGUAUGUGAACACCUUAAACCUUGUACCACAUCCGAUGCACAUACAUGGAUACUAUUUUGAGGUUCUUGGAAUGGACACCAUGUGGGAAUAUUUCACCGUCGAGGAUUUUAAACGACUGGACGCUCAAGGAAAAAUCUCCCGUAACCUGAAGAACCCUCCGAGGAAAGACACCAUCAUGAUACCAGUUGGAGGGUAUAUGAUAGCAAGGUUCAGAGCUGAUAAUCCUGGCUGGUGGCUGAUGCAUUGCCACUUCGACACCCACUUCGCGCUGGGAAUGGCGUUGGUUUUCCAUGUAGAAGGACCAGUUCCCCCGCCACCUGCCUCUAUGCCUGUCUGUAAUUGAUCCUCAUCGUCAUUGGCAUCUUGUAGAGUAUAGUAACACGUUGCUGACCCUAACCCAGGGCCAUCGGAGCGUCUUUCAAAUGGGGGGGGGGGGGGAGCAAAAAAGGGGCAUUUUCUGGAAAGAGAACAGAAAAGGGGGUACCUAUACAAAGGGUACCUAUUUGGAAGCGAAAAAGUACAAUUUGUUGCCACUUGGUAAUAAUUUCUAAAAUGUAUACAUUAUUUGGGUCAAGGUUACUUAUUCAGCACCAUACAUCGCAGUUGUGUGUGAUAUAAAGAUUCAUUUGAGAGCGAGUGAAGCGUGAAAGAAAAUGAAAUAUUAUUGACUUGUCUAAAUGAAUAAGAAGCCCAAGAUGCUUUUUGAACGUGUCGCCUAAAUGUUUUAGCAAAUAAAUGUCAACGAUAUUGGUCUAUAAUUUUUGAGAAAAGGACAUCUUCAUCUUUCUUUAGAAUUUAAGUGAUUACUCCGUUUCUUUGCCAUUGUGACCCUUUUCUAUAGAAUAAUUAUAAAAAUCCAAUGCCCUAUCAGAAAAUGUCUGACCAAAACACAAUAUUGGAUUUUACUGGCAAUCAAUCGAUCCCAGGUGUUUUGUUAUGUUUCAUUGAAAGAAUCGUAUCAUACAACUCUUUUUUGUUAUGGGUUGUUGUUGUUGUUUGUAUUUUUGUAUUUAGUAUACUAUUAAUAUUGUCUAAUGUCUGUCAAAUCAUUUUUCGUUGAGAAAACUAUGCGCCUGUCCUUCCGAUAGAGUCCACUGCGGGGAAUGUACCAUUCUGGCUAGCGUCAUUUUUUUCUGCGGCACAGAAAAAAGAGGUCUUGAUUUAACCCUAACCCUAACCCUAACCCUAAACUUUCCCAUAGGCUCAACACGCACCUAACCCCAAUCUGUGCCGCAGAAAAAAAAUAACGCUUCCGGCUAACCCUGCUGCGUACGUUGUGUGAGCUUCUCAGAUACAGCAUGACGUCAUAAUGUUUAUCCUGAUCGGCCGAUGUCGUCCUGUCAAGGACGAUAAAAACAUAGAUCCCUGUUUUGUGGACAGGGAUGGGCCUUUAAUUUGUUAUAGGUCCUUCUAAAACUUGUUUUAUAUCUUCAUCUUAUCUAGGGAUAUCUAUUUUAUUAAAACAAAUAAUCGAUGUCAUUUUUAUCUAAAUUCUGCUUCUGUUAUGGUAUCUUGCAGAAAUAAAAACUUUAUAAAUCUGUAACUGAAUUUAAAAGUCAAAUAUAUGCAAAAGUAUUUUUGUAAUAAAAUUCAAAUAGAUCAAAUGAAAUAUUAUAAACGAAACUUGUUUUUUAUGUAACAAAACGUCAGGGCCCUGUCUUACAAAGAGUUGAUAUCAAUCGCACCUUAUUUGCGAUUGACAUUUGACAAACUUGUUUUUAUCUUCUUAUUAUCUAGGGAUAUCUAUUUUAUUUAAAAAAAAUAAUCGAUGUCAUUUUUAUCUAAAUUCUGCUUCUGUUAUGGUAUCUUGCAAAAAUAGAAACUGUAUAAAUCUGUAAUUGAAUUUAUAAGUCAAAUAUAUGCAAAAGUAUUUUUGUAAUAAAAUUCAAAUACUAGAUCAAAUGAAAUAUUAACAAAACUUGUUUCUUAUGUAACAGAACGUCAGGGCCCUGUCUUA